UGUCUGGGAGGAGGAGGGGGGAGUCCUGCCUCUUUGCCUUCCUCAGAUCAAUGCCCUGGCCACUCACUUUCUGAUGUUGCACUACGGGAAAUGCUUUGAAUACUUGCGACAUGGCUGCGCGCAUUGAUUGCCAAGAUUGACAGCAGUUCUACCCAUCGUCUUCUCUUGUCUGACUGAGUAAAAGAGGGAGAGAGAGAGAGAGAGGGAGAGAGUGAGAGAGAGAGAGGGAGAGAGAUAAAGAACAGACAGGCGAACAACAAAAGGUACUUGUAGUUUUGGACAGCUGAACUUCACAGAGAGCACACGGGAUCCCCUCAUAUGGCCCCGUGCGAGCAGACUUAACUUUUCGCUCAACAGAUAGCUCAGUGAUCAUUUUCUACAAAGUGUAGCUUAGCCCAGCAGUCUUUACGCACGGGAAAGGACGCAUACAUAUCUUCUCCAAGACUCGGAUCAUCAAGGUUUUUACAUGAAUUCAAAAUCAACCGACCAGUGAUCGCUGGAAACUGGGGAUUGAGUCUUUCAGUUUUUAACCCCACGCGCUGACAUGGAGGGCUUUCUUCGUAGCAGCUUUUUACUGAGCAGAGUCAUGUCUUCCAAGCAAGCCACGUCUCCUUUUGCCUCCGUGGUGGAUGGGGAUGACUCCAUGAGUCAGGAGCACUUGUCUUGGGAGAAAGAGGAGAGUGCCGAGGCGCAUGGCACACCACAGCUGCCCCUGCACAGUCUGCUCCACGGAAAAGCACAUCCCGAUGAAAUGCAACCGCUCAGCAGCGUACCGCCAGAGAGUGACUGGGACAGCCUGGUGUCAGCCCAGCAGCGCAUGGAAUCUGACAGCAAUAAAGUAUGUUCCCUGUACUCCUUCCGGAACAAUUCCACAUCCCCACACAAGCCAGAGGAGGGGGCCCGGGAGCGAAGCGACCUGCUGAGCGGAUCAGCGUUUGGAACUCCGGAGCGCCGCAAAGGAAGCCUGGCAGACGUAGUGGACACGCUGAAGCAGAAGAAGCUGGAGGAGAUGACAAAGACAGAGCAAGACGAAUCGUCAUGCAUGGAGAAACUUCUUUCUAAAGACUGGAAAGAGAAGAUGGAGAGGCUCAACACCAGUGAACUGCUGGCAGAAGUCAAAGGUACUCCGGAGAGCCUGGCAGAAAAGGAACACCAGCUCUCCACAAUGAUCACCCAGCUGAUCAGCCUGCGAGAGCAGCUUCUGGCUGCCCACGACGAACAGAAGAAGCUCGCCGCCUCGCAGAUGGAGAAACAGAGGCAGCAAAUGGAGUUAGCUCGUCAGCAGCAGGAGCAGAUUGCAAGACAACAGCAGCAGCUUCUGCAGCAGCAGCACAAAAUCAACCUCCUCCAGCAACAGAUCCAGCAGGUCCAGGGUCACAUGCCUCCGCUCAUGAUCCCCAUUUUUCCACACGACCAACGCACUCUGGCAGCAGCAGCCGCCGCCCAGCAAGGCUUUCUCUUCCCUCCGGGAAUGUCUUAUAAGCCAGGUGAUAACUAUCCAGUGCAGUUCAUUCCGUCUACAAUGGCAGCUGCAGCAGCAUCAGGACUCAGCCCCCUCCAGCUUCAGCAACUGUAUGCAGCCCAGCUUGCCAGCAUGCAGGUCUCUCCUGGAGCCAAGAUGCCUCCACUCCCCCAGCCGCUCAAUACCAGCGGGCCCAUCUCUCCCUCCUCUCUGAAGAAUGACAAGAGUUCCUCCAGCCCCAUCACUCAAGUCAAGGAGGAGGGAACACAGCCGCUGAACCUGUCUGCUCGGCCAAAGACGACAGAACUGGUCAAAUCCCCCACAUCCCCGACACAAAACCUGUUCCUCGGCAGUAAAAGCAGCCCCAACAGCCUCCCCAGCAAGGGUGGUAUCCCCAGCCCACUGGGAGGAGGCCUGGGCCGUGGCUCGUCCCUGGAUAUUCUGUCCAGCCUAAACUCUACCGCGUUGUUCGGGGACCAGGACACAGUGAUGAAGGCCAUCCAGGAGGCUCGGAAAAUGAGGGAGCAGAUCCAGAGGGAACAGCUGCAACAUCACCAACAGGGCAUGGAGGCAAAGCUGUCCGCCCUCAGUUCUGUGGGCCUCAACAACUGCAGGGCUGACAAGGAGAGGGCGCAUUUUGAGAGCAUCGGGCACCACCUCGGCAAGCUGGGUGAGGAGGGAAAGAUUGGCCACAGAGUUAUUGACCUCACCAGGCCAGAGGAUCUAGAAGGGUCCAAGGAAAUAAAUGGCUCUGCAGAUAAACCCCAACCCUAUUAUUGUUGGCCAACAGGAGGCACUGGAUCUACUGAGGCGCGAGUCUUCAGGGAAUCCCGAGGAAGGAACAACAACGAGCCCCACAUUAAAAGGCCGAUGAAUGCAUUCAUGGUGUGGGCCAAGGAUGAGCGUCGCAAGAUCCUGCAGGCCUUCCCUGACAUGCACAAUUCCAACAUAAGCAAGAUUUUGGGCUCUCGGUGGAAGGCCAUGUCUAACCAGGACAAGCAGCCCUACUACGAGGAGCAGGCCCGUCUGAGCAAGCUCCACCUAGAGAAGUACCCAAACUACAAGUACAAACCUCGACCUAAGAGGACCUGCAUUAUUGACGGGAAAAAACUUCGCAUUGGCGAGUACAAGCAGAUGAUGCGCUCACGGAGACAAGAGAUGAGGCAGUUCUUCACUGUGGGACAGCCUCCACAGAUCCCCAUCACCACCAGCGCCAGUAUGGUCUACCCUGGGGCCAUCACCAUGGCGACCACCACACCCUCACCUCAGAUGACAUCAGAGUGCUCGAGUGCCUCAGCGAGUCCGGAACCAUCCAUUCCUGUCAUUCAGAGCACCUACAACAUGAAGCUAGAGCCCAGCACCAUGGCAAACAACAGCGAGCCGGUCAAUGGAGAGGAUGAGAUGGACAUGUAUGAGGAUUUUGAGGAUGAGCCCAAAUCAGACUAUAGUAGUGAAAAUGACACACAAGAGCCAGUCAGUGCCAACUGAGACCCCUUUCAUCGAAGAGGCCAAUGCAGACACAACACCAAUACAGGAGGAUGCCCAGAGGGCUGGGUUGAUCUGAUCUGAGGGAGUGAAAGAGCAAAAGAAAAUUACACCACAAAGGUUCAAAAUGUUGAAAAAAAUAAACAAAAAGAACAUCAACAAAAAACAAACAAAAAAAAAAAACAAUGAUGUAUCGUUUAGAAGCCAGCAUGCAGAUGUGGCUUCAUCUGAAUCAAAAGCUAUUUGGUCUUAAGUGUUUCUUCAAGUGUGUGAAGCAGUUUGGUUGUGGUAAUUUAGAUUUUUUUUUUUUUUUUUUUUAAAUCUCAUUGUUUUUUGUUUUUGUUUCAUUGUGAUCAUGGACAUUUACACAAUUAGGUCAUUGCCUAGAACUAAAGACGGAACUUGAAAUGGAAUAUUUGAUAUGAACCUGUUCUUACAGUCAUUUACCUUGUUUUUCCUCUUCAAUUAGGUGAUUUUGAUAUAUUGCAUAUCUGUUCAAGAUGGGAAUAAUAUUCUCACUCAGGUAUAGUGUGCCAGCCAACAGCUUGUGAAUGUUUUUAAUCAAGAAUCAAUUAUCACAGUACAAAAUGUCUCAAAAUUCAUGUGGAGUGAUUCCAACUUAUUACAGAGGGAAAUUACAUAUUAUUAUUAUUAUUAUUAUUGUUAUUAUUGUUAGUGUUUUGUUGUUAUCAUUAUUACACAGACUGCAGAAUUUAGUGCAGAAGUGCCAAACCUUUCAAGUUGUUGCUAAACAGUCUAUUGGGAGAGGCUUCGCGAGUCUUGGACAAUCUCUUGAUCUCUUAAUACAGCUUCAUUAUCCUAUCUUUCUUUAAUUUACCCUAACAAAACAAACAAAUGAAACUCAGGAACUUGGAGGCAGCAUGCUCUGCAGGAGGCUACAGAGUGGGACAUCUUUAGGGUGGUAGCUUGCGAUGCUAGCUGUUCUCCAGGGAGCCCAAUGCAGUGAUCAUCAAUGAAACCAACCAGCCCUUUCAUUUCCUCAUCCACACAAAACACGGUGGCAUCCUUAACUCUUUUCCAGCUCUGCAGCCCAGUCUGACUCACAAAGUUCUUAAUCAGAGUGAUUGUAAUCAGGCCAGAAUGCUAAAGGGCCAAAGGCCUCCAAUCUGUGGGAUUGGAACAGCAGUGAAAGGCAGCUUUGGGGGCAUUAGAAUCUCAAAUUGAUGUUGUACAAUGUGUAGCUACAGUACGUUCUGUUAAACGCUUUAGCCCCAUUUGGAUGGCAAGUUUAAAGUCUUAGGUCUUAGAACUUCUUUUUUUUCAAUCUUAAUUCUUUUGAGACAUUGUAAAUCUUAAAUUGACACUAAGAAGUCUUAAAGCACAGCAAGGACAUCAGGCUGAUGCAAUGAGUUGAUUACUGCCAUAGUCUUAAGAGGAGUGACAGUUUAUGAUGCUAUUAAUAAACUGUGAGAGAAACUAAAAUGACACGUUUGUUUCUUAAAUCACCUUGUCACAUGCAUAUGACAGAGGUAACUUAAAAUGCUGAUUUUUGCAUUAGUGCACUUAUACAAAUCAUAUACUGUCACCCUUGAGCGUUAUGUUGUUAUUCUAAAUAAUCUUAUCAGCUUUGGGAAUGCACUUAACUUUAAAACAGGACAACAUGCAAUGACUCAGAAAACAAGGGGCACAAAGCCUCUAUCCUAAUUUCAUCUGAAAAGCUGACAAGUGGUGACCUUCUGGAGACUGCAGCUAGAUAAAGCAAGGCCUUGAUGUUGAGACUCAGAUCCUCUUUGCAGGGCAGAAGGUCUAAGUGGCUCCCCUCCCUGCCAUGCCCUGCUCUGACCCCUGCCCAUGGCAACCUCCGCACCCAGGGGGUGCCAUCUGGCUCAGAGAAGGAGAAAACACCAGGGAGGGAUGGAAAACAAUAAAAAUGGGGUGUGUGUCCCUCAUUGUGCUCUCCAUCAAAGUGCUGGUAGUAAGGCCUCAACAGGGCUUCCACGCUGGUCCAAUCACCAGGCACUGGCGAGCAGAUGGAACAAGUACAUCAAGCUGUGGGGGAUUAUUAAAAUGACUGACGACUGGGUAUCAUCUGAAAUACAGCAUUAUUAAUGCAUGAGUCCAGCUAUUCCCCUCCCUUGCCCUUGAACCUGUCCAUUUCUGAGAGAGAGCACAGGGCUUUCUGAAGGAUCUGAAUGGCUGGCUACUGGCUUUAACUGGUCAAGAUCCACCCACUGUUGGUCACUGCAUUUUUCUCCUUGCUCUAAUUGGUACAGGUGGCUCUUUAUAUCUCUUAAGCACUCAUAUCUCUUGUGCUCUUACUGUCUUAUUGUCAGCGCUGGCUUGCAUCCUUUCUACUGUUUGGAAGCAUUUAUAUUAAGUGUUUUAGGUUUUAACCUAACCAUUAAUAAUUCCUUUUUUUUUUUUUUAAUCACAUCAUUUCUACAUUGCUCAUUAUGAGGUACAAAACAUUUUAAAGAUGCUCUCCCGCAAACAAACCCAAGUGGAUUUCCCUCCGAUUCAACCUGUUUGGUAUUUUUAAGCUGUUUGCUCCUGUUUGCUGGUGGUUAGAUCGAUUUGUAUGUGAUUGUAAAUAUUUUCAUGACCAUGCCACACUGCUUUAGUUGGCUGGUAGUUUAAAAGGACUCUUCACGGAACUGAAACUUGACUGUGCUUAUACAGCAAAAGAAAGACAAAAAAAAGAAAAAAAAAGAAAAAUGACAAGAACUCACAAGGAGACUAUGUUUCAUAAGUGUUAUAAGCACUGGAUAUAAAUUGUAUUUUUAUCAAUUCUAAUUAAUGUGAAGCUGUUUGAGGAAAAACACCCCGAACGAACAAAAUUCCCCAGUUGGACUCAAGUGGGUUUGCUCUCACAGUUGCCAGAUUUGAGUCUUUUUUUUUUUUUUUUUUGUCUACUUAUUUUGUUUAUUUAUGCAAGGACACAUGUGAUGAAUGAACACUUUGUUUAAACUUCAGGGCUGCCUAGGGGAGAGACUCAGCACAAGAAAAGUGAGCAGAAAAUUCAACAGCAGGCUCAGUUAGCCGUCAAACACCAGACUUCAGACUUCAGUGCAUUGUAUAUUGUAUUUGAAACUGUAAAGUAUCAACAUAUUGUAUUUAUUGUUAGCCACUGCUGGCUCUAAAAUUGUCAGUAAAAACAACAACAUGGACAAUCAGAGAAAUAGAAAAAAAAAAAACAUGUUUAAUGAAUUGGAGCUAAAAUGGUUUUCAGUGAAUUCACCAUCUCAUUUAGAUUUUAUUGUAAAUAUAACAUAGAAAAUAUAUUUUUGUUCAUUAGUGAAGUAUAAGUUAUGUAUUUGGCUGUUCUAUUUUAUGUUCUCUUUCAUGUUUUAUUUUUGUAUGUGGUUUUAUGUUUUCAAAACCUGACAAGUCACUGUACCUCAUGUAGAUGCUGAGUUUUUCUGCUUUGGAAGAGAGCAGUACUGAACCUGAGAAAGAAGAGAGAAGAAGCACCUCACUCGCUUAUGUUUCGAUAAUCUUCCCUGGACUAUUCAAAGAACCAAUUGAAAAAUUAAAGCUAUAUUCGCUAGACUUUUUAACAUAGAGGAGUCAUUACAAGUAAGGUACUCAUUUAAACGACAAGCACUUGUUACCAAUCAUGAUGCAAUCUAAGUGGUAUGCUGUAUAUCCUCACUCGUAUUUUGUGUUUAUUACAGCACUUGUAUUAUGUGGAAAGUCUCUUAUGAAGAGCUGAUAACAUCCUUAAAAAAAACCUCUGCAUGCAUUUGGCUUGCAUUUCCAUUAUCAUAAUAAACAAGUGUUUUUUUUUCAUGGAUGAUUGCUCCAAACACAAGUGAUGUUUUUAGUUUUGUUUUGUUUUUUUUCUUUUUUGGAAAGGUGGGAGUGUGCAAAUAUUUAUUUGUGUAAAUGUGGCAAAAUGCACAGACAUUGUGCAUUGUUCUUAGUUAAUCCUCUCCUUGACAUCUUUUGUAUUUUGCUGACUUCUAAUGAACAUGUUCGUGACUAUCCAACGAUCUGCAAAUGUAGCCCUCACAACUGUUUUCUCUUAAUUCACUUGCUAGACAUGCAAAUGGUUUAAAUGAACAACUGAACAGAGAAGGCUUCUAUGCUGUUUCAACAUUACUUACUGUAAUUUCUUUUUCUUUUCAUUUUUUUUUUUUUUCUGUCUGAACUUUGUGAUGUAUAUGGUGGGAAUGUUCUCUGUGUUAAUUUAAUCAGCACAAUUCACUGACAUGCUGGACUGACAUGCUAGCUGCUGUUCAGAAGUGUAAAAUUUGUUGUUCAGGACAACAUUUAUAGUUGUCUUUGGUACUUUGCUUUUUAGAGUUGUCCCUCAAGCAACACUGUGUGUGGCUCUUCAUCACUAAGGGCCGUUUUGAAAUCGCUGGCAGCCUGAUACAAUUUUCUGCAUAGAAAUCCCCCCUCCCCCCACUGGCAGGUACCUAGGCCCAUGGCAAGUAUUGUUUGGGUGUUAUUAGAGAAAAUGAAAUACAUAGUGUCUGUUGCUGCUUCAAAAAAAGUUUAUGUCUGAAUAUGUAAAUAGUUUAUCAUAAUAUCUUGUACAGUCCAAUGUAAAGUUUUUAAUUCAACUUAAAAAAAUGUUGCCAUCACGUUUGUGUUCACAUUCUUCUUUAUACAGUACAAAAGAACAAUUAUUUGCUAGGGCUAUUAUUGCUUAAAAAGAAAAAAAUGAAAAUGUUACUAAUUUUUUUUUUUUUUUUUUUUAAUGUUUGUUUUGUUUUGCUUGGCUUCAAAGUGUACACCAGCAAGUCUUUGGUUUCCAUGUGCAGUAUUGACGUGAGGUAAACUUAAGGUGAAUAAUUUUACAGUGGUGUGUGUGGAGAACAAUCUCCUCGGCUUUGGUAGUAUUAAUACACUAUAUCAAGUAAAAACAAACCAAUGAGUGACACACUUGGGUGCACAUAGGCACCGCAGAGAUGUGUAUAUUGUAUAUGAUUAAAUUAUCCCCACAGGAUCAGGCAUAUUAUAAUGUAACACCAUUUUCUGUAUGUCUCAGUCCAUUGUAACAAUGCAACAGUGGGAUGAAUAACUGCCUGUUUAAGCUCAUUUACCUCAAGAAUUUCCUCCUUUUCUGUAAAAGAGACAGAAAUUGUGUUACAGAAAACUUCUCCCAUCACUCCAUCUUUUGUACUGCUGUUGACACAAAUUAAAGAGACAUUUUGUUUUAAAA